AAAAUUAUUCCUAAUGUACUCGUAUUAUCAUAGUUUAAUAGUUCUUAGUUUUGUUCCUCUAAUAACGACCUUAAUUCUAAACAGUGGAGAUCCUAAGAACGUUCUAACUACGGAAACAAUUGUUAGAAAACAUGGCUAUCCAUUUGAGAAACACACAGUUCAAACGGAAGAUGGAUACAUCUUAGAAAUCCAUCGGAUUCCCAACUUAAAAUCGUCUCAAGUCGCUUUCCUGAUGCACUGUCUCUUAUGCUCGUCCAGUGAUUGGGUCGUAUCCGGGAAGAAGAAUUCCCUAGCUUACAUUCUUCACAGAGCUGGAUAUGAUGUUUGGUUGGGCAAUGCUCGUGGAAACACUUACUCACUCAAUCACACCAAAUACAACCCUAGAGGACAAUUUGCUGACAAAUAUUGGGACUUUUCGUGGCAUGAAAUUGGAUUUAUCGAUCUACCCACUAUGCUCGACUAUGUUCAGCAAAAAACAGGAGUAACACAAAUGAGAUAUUUCGCUCAUUCUCAAGGAACAGCAAAUUUCUUUGUGUUGACUUCUUUGAAACCGCAGUACAAUAAAAUUUUCAAAUCAGCUCACUUGUUAGCUCCGAUAGCUUUCUUGAACAAUUCGUUUAACAUAUUUUUGAAAGUAGGUGGUAAUAUUGUAGGACGUUCAGAAGUUAUACAAACGCUUUUGGGUUCGAACGAGUUUAGACCAAGCAGAAAGCUUCAGGAACUUGUAGGCAGUAUUUUGUGUACGGAUUUCUCUAGAGAUCGAGUGUUGUGUGAUAAUGCGUUUUUUCUAGUAGCUGGAUUUACCAAUGAAACUUGUAAUCAUGAUAUUAUACCUGAAGUUAUGGCUUCGAGUCCCGCUGGUUCGUCAUUAAAUCAAGUUCUGCAUUUCGUCCAGGAGUUUGUUUCUGGUCAUUUUCGACAAUAUGACCAUGGUCUGGAGGGAAAUAUGCAGACUUAUGGAAGUUCAGAACCCCCGGACUAUCCCCUGGCGAAUAUCAAUGUGCCAAUGUUCUUUUAUCAUGGUAAAGCUGAUAAUUUUGCUACGGUUAAAGAUGUUCUUAGAUUGAGCAAAAAGUUGAAGACAUUAGUUGGACGAUUUGAAAGCCCUAUUGCAAAUUUUGAUCAUUUGGCGCACAUGUUUUCGCCAAAUCUUGCUGAAAAAAUACAUAAAUAUAUAAUGAGAGAUAUUGCGUUGAUAAAUUAAAAUUGUAUACAUAUUUAUUAAA